UGGUCCACGCGGUUAUUCAAUACCAACAUGUCUCUGUCUACUGAGGGUGCCAUGAGCACCUCACAGCCUCCAGCUUCGGAACCAGAGACCCUGUAUAGACCAAAGCCAUUGUUUAUGAAGUUGUUGAAGUCUGUUGGUGCACAAAACGACAUUUACACUAUCAAAGACAUUAUAUUUUAUGUUGGCCAGUAUAUAAUGACUAAACGAUUAUAUGAUGAGAAGGAGCAGCAUAUGGUAUAUUGUUCAAAUGAUCUUCUAGGAGAUUUGUUUGGAGUGCCAAGCUUCUCUGUGAAGGAACACAGAAAAAUAUAUGCAAUGAUUUACAAAAACUUGGUAAUAGUCAAUCCGCAGGAACCACCAGAUUCCAGCACAUCUGUGAGUGAGAGCAGAUGGCACCUUGAUGGUGGGAGUGAUCAGAAGGACCCUGUGCAAGUGCCACAGGAAGAGAAACCUUCAUCUUCCAGUUUGGUUUCUAGCCCAUCUACCUCAACUAGAAGGAGAACAAUUAGUGAGACAGAGGAAAAUUCGGAUGAAUUAUCUGGUGAACAACAGAGAAAGCGCCACAAAUCUGACAGUAUUUCUCUUUCCUCUGAUGAAAGCCUUGCUCUCUGUGAAAGAAGCUGUAGCAGUGAAUUGACAGAGACUCCAGCAAAUCCAGAUCAUGAUGGUGGUGUAAGUGAACAUUCAGCUGAUUUGUUGGAUCAAGCAUCCGUUUCUGAUCAAUUUAGUGUAGAAUUUGAAGUUGAGUCUCUUGAUUCAGAAGAUUAUAACCUUAGUGAAGAAGAACAGGAACUCUCAGAAGACAUUGAUGAGGAAAGUCUAGUUACUGCACAUCACGCAGUAGAAAGUGAUUCAGAUUCAUUUGAAGAAGGUUCUGAAAUUUCUUUAGCUGACUAUUGGAAAUUUACUUCACACAACAAAAUGGACCCUGCCAGUGGUGAGAACUGCCUUCCUAAAGAUAAAGGGGAAAUCCCUGAGAAAACCAAACUGGAAAACUCAACACAGGAAGAAGAGAACAUGGAUGUGCCUGAUGGUAAAAACUUUACAGUGAAAGAUUUUAAAGACUCUUGGGUUGAGCAAAAUGAUAAUGAAUUUACCCAAGCCUCCCAAUCACAAGAAAGCAAGGAUUAUUCUCACCCAUCAACUUCGAGUAGCAUGAUUUGUAGCACCCAAAAAGAUGUCAGACGGUUUGAGAGGGAAGAAACACAAGAAGAAAGUAUGGAGUCCAGUUUUCCCCAUAAUGCCAUUGAACCUUGUGUGAUAUGCCAAGGUCGACCUAAAAAUGGUUGCAUUGUUCAUGGCAAAACAGGACAUCUUAUGUCAUGUUUCACUUGUGCAAAGAAACUGAAAAAAAGGAAUAAGCCCUGUCCAGUGUGCAGACAACCAAUUAAAAUGAUUGUAUUAACUUACUUCAACUAG